AUGGGAAGCUCCUCCACUGUUCAGUCUGUCCCGGAUGAAUAUGACGAAUAUGUAAAGGCGGGUAGUUUCCAGAUCCCGUUUGAUCUUUUCGUCUCGAAGAAACAUCAGAAAAUUAUUGGCGGCAGAAGCUGGAUCGAUUUCAAGGAUUCUUCCGGGAAUCUAGUUUUCACAGUUGAACGGCGGCACAAGAAUCGGUCAACAACGAGUUCUCUUUCAAACCCACCAACGAAAUUACUGCUUGAUGCUUCUGGGAAUAUUCUUUUCUCCAUACAGAAACCAAAGGAUGCAAUGUGGCAGUGCUUUAUGGUCAAAGAUAACAAGGAGGAAUUGAUAUUCCGAGUGGAAAAGAAACUAAAUAAUCAAACUAGAACUGAGUUUGAGAUAUUUUUUAUGGGCAAGAAACUUGAAGAAAUGACUGAAAAUUUCCGGAUGAUAGGUUCUCCAUUCGAGAGAUCCUGCACUAUCUAUAAUGGCGAUUCUCUUGUGGCAGAGACGAGCCUUAUGUAUAAGCUAGGGAUAAUGAAGAAGUUUGUUCUGAGGAAUAGAUUUCGAGUGACCAUAUUUCCUGGAUUCUGUGAUGUUGGCUUAAUUGUUGCAAUGGUUGUCAUAUUCUUUGAUGGAAGAAAACUUUGGAUCUAA